AUGUCGCCAGGAGUCAAGGCCGAGAACGAGAGCACUUCGACCCCAGAUACCGAGCCCGCGCCCAAGUCCAAGAAGUCGUCGUCGAACAAGGUGCGGUCUCGGACACCGCCCCUCUUCGAUCACCUGCCCGACGCAACAGAAGAGUCUACCAAGGCCUUUCAGGUUAUAUACGACUGUCUCUAUGGAUCCAAGAACAUGGGCGCCUCGCAGCACGAUGCGUUGGACUGCGACUGCUCGGCAGAAUGGCGCGAUGGACAGAACUACGCGUGCGGUGAAGACUCUGACUGCAUCAAUCGGGCGACCAAGAUGGAAUGCGUCGACAGCGAAUGCAACUGCGGCGUCAGCUGCGAGAACCAGCGCUUCCAGCGCAAGCAGUAUGCUGACGUGUCCGUCAUCAAGACGGAGAAGAAGGGCUACGGUCUACGGGCCAACACCGAUUUACAAACUAAUGAUUUUGUAUUCGAGUACAUUGGCGAGGUCAUCAAUGAGCCCACGUUCCGGCGCCGAAUGAUGCAGUACGACCAGGAGGGCAUCAAGCACUUCUAUUUUAUGUCGUUGACGAGGACCGAGUUCGUGGAUGCGACCAAAAAAGGCAACCUGGGCCGGUUCUGCAACCACUCGUGCAGCCCGAACUGCUAUGUGGAUAAGUGGGUGGUGGGCGACAAGCUGCGCAUGGGCAUUUUCACCAGCCGGGCCAUCAGGGCCGGAGAGGAGCUUGUUUUCAAUUACAACGUGGAUCGCUACGGUGCGGAACCACAGCCCUGCUACUGCGGCGAGCUGAACUGCACCGGCUUCAUUGGCGGCAAGACCCAGACAGAGCGUGCCACCAAACUGCCCCUGGCGACCAUUGAGGCGCUCGGUAUCGACGACGGCGACGGCUGGGACACCAUGGUGGCAAAGAAACCCCGCAAGAAGAAGGCCACCGAGGACGACGAGGAGUAUGUCAACAGCGUGCAGCUCCCGAGCCUUGACGAGCAUGGCGUCACCAAGGUCAUGGCCGCCCUCAUGCAGUGCAAGGAGAAGUGGAUCGCAGUCAAGCUGCUGCAGCGCAUUCAGAGGGCAGACGACGACCGGGUGCGAAACCGAGUCGUACAGAUGCACGGCUACCAGAUCCUCAAGACCAUCCUCACCACCUUCCAGGACGACGAUAACAUCAUCCUGCAGGUCCUCGACAUCCUCUACAGGUUCCCACGACUGACCAAGAACAAGAUCUCGGAUUCCAAGAUCGAGACUGUCAUCGAGGGUCUCACCUCGGCAGACCACGAGGACGUGGCGGCGGAAUCCAGGCGCCUGCUGGAGGAGUGGAGCAAAUUGGAGACUGCUUACCGCAUCCCUCGGCGGAAAUUUGACCCCACCGCCCAGCCUGCCAACUCGUUCGAGGAGCGUCGGAACCUGGACCGCGAGGCCUCUUCUACACAAUCGACGCCUGGUUUCCUCCCUGGUGCCGUCAUCCCCAAGGGCCCCAAGAGCAAGAUUCCGCAGCGAAAUGCCUCCUUUUUCGCACAUCAGCAGAGGCGACGGGUUUUUACGCCCAACAGCCAUGCCUUGCCCACUGGCUGGCACAUGGCCAAGGACCCCCGCGGCAAUGUGUACUACUACAAUAAUGCAGGCACGACCACUUGGCAGCGGCCGACGGCCCCUGCAGACACUGCCAAGGUCCCGUCGAAGAAGGAGCAGGACCAGAAGGCACUUCAGGAUAUUAUUGACAGCCUGACCAAGGAGCCUACCCCAAAGCCCUCUGCAUCGCUGACCCCGCAGCGGCAGCCGACACCUGUCCAGGAGACCAAAAAGGAAAAGUGGCGUUCUCUACCGGUUGAAAAACAGAUGAAGAUUUAUGAGAACACGCUUUUCCCGCACGUCAAGUACGUCGUGGACAAGUUUCGUCACAAGCUACCCAAGGAAGUAUUGAAGCGGCAUGCCAAGGACGUGAGUAAGACCCUUGUCUCGUCGGACUACAAGCACAAGCGAGUCGACGACCCGACUCUCAUCUCGGAGAAGCAAGAGAAGAAGGUCAAGAAAUACGUCAAGGACUUUUUAGAUAAAGCCGUCUCCAAGCACAACGAGCACGAGAAGCGCAAGACGGAGCGGGCAGUGCCACAUGGCAGCAGGGCCGGGGCGGAGAAGGCGGGCGUGGGCCUGGGUACAGCAGAGGAGGCCACCGUUGCGUCCGUAGAGACACCGGGCGACGUUGCUGGGGACGACGAUGUCACUAUGAGCGAUGCAGAGGACGUCCCGGCCAGCUCGCCGGCGAACAAGAGAAAGCGAGAGGAGGAGGCUGACCCCAUGGAAUUGAGCCUGACGCCCGAGGACCCACCGUCGGCGAAGCGUGUCAAGGACGAGGAGUUGACUGAGGAGUCCACCCCUCCUCCACCGCCGCCGCCGCCUCCAGAUGUGGCCAUGGCGGGCGAUCUGAACAUGACGCCACCCCAGGCAGAAGAGGACUUCUCGCGCGAGCAGGAGGAGGCAGAACGCCUCGCAGACGAAGCUGAGCAGGAUAGAUUCCGUCCUGCUGGGGGUGAUCUGGAUAGAAACAUUGAUAAUGGGGGUGGCCGUGCCAAGCAUAUGAUCAUAGGGCAGUAAUGGGAGGUGGUGUGAUGCCUUUGGGUGUGGUUUGAGGAGGCGAUGAUGAAUGGAUCAAUGGGAUGGGAGCGGGAAGCCUGGCGGCGACGGAUCCCUACAGGUGACAACGGCACGUAUACACAUACGCAGGAAUACACGAGACAGUCGAUUGAGGGAGGUUUUACACUGGGGUCUCUUGUCUCCCCCAAACCGGUCGGCGAGGUGACCGCCUGCUUCCUCCCGACCCGCUCUCAGGCGCAGAGAAAAGAGGAGAGGAAUUGGACCUUCUCUUUCCUGGGGGACAGACCAACGGAUGGACAGGGACAGAGCAUUUGCUUGGUUGGGUUGGGGGAUUGUCUUAUUGCAAUAUGAGAGAUUCUUUGCAUCACGCUUGGCACCUCGCUUGGGGAAGACCAGAGGACGUGGGGACUAAUUGUCUUUGUAUAUAUGCGGUGCCGUGUCUUUUAUGGCCUCGACGUGUUUUGUCUCUGUUUGCAGCGCAGGCAAAACAAAAAGAGAAAAGAAAAAGGAAGAGAGGGUGGGUAGGAUGAUUGAUGCAUUACAUAAACGCACAUUGACGGUACAUACAUCCACACAUAC